AUGGAGAAUAAUCCGAUCCAAAACUUUCUUCAAGAAUGUGAAGAUGUGCACCUUGAUUUAAGAAGAUCAAUUUAUCUUAUUAUUGAACUUAGAAAAAGAUCUGCUAUAAUUGAAGAGGAGAUUAGAUUAGUCAAAGAAGACUUAUUCAAGAGUAGAAAUCAUCAAAACAAAUGUGAGACUGAUGAAGAAAAGCUUGUGUUCAUCAAGAAAGCCUAGUACGUGAGAGAUCUCUAUGAGAAGCUACAGGCUUUAGACCAGGAAUGUGUUGAUAUUUCUGAAAGAAAUUUGACUCUGGCUAUCAAAAGUGGUAUCUAAACUGAGAAAAAGUGCCAAGAAAUGGUAAGUGGCACUGGAGAUAUGGCAAUCAUGCAUUCCAAAGAGAAGAUUGAAGACUUUGAAAGGAGAGCAAACAAGCUGAUGCUUUUUCAAUCUACACUUCAAAACACCUUUAACAGAAAUGAAACUGAGAAAGGCAAAACUCCCGCCUCAACUAACUAACUCUAAGAUUAGGGGGCUCCAUAGAUAAGGCCAUAGACAAAUGAAAUUGCUUCAAAUACUAAUAAUUAGUACCCCACUCAAGAUAAAGUAUAAAUCAAGUCAGCUAAAACAAAUAAAACUUGCUCUAAGCCUUCUCCACAAGAUAGACUCAACAGAUCAAAUGGCAAGCUCAAAAGUUAUGAUCAAGCAAAGCAACAACAUGCAUAAGCUUUAAGUUAGUAUUACAUGAGCUAGACAAGUGGAUCUGCUAAUGAAGCUGGAAGUAAUUGCAAUACUUAGGGCAGAGACAGUUAUAUCAAACCCGAGGAUGAUGAUAUCAUAAUGGAUGAAGAGGAUGCUAAUUAAAGCUUCAAGAUACUAAGCACUUCCAGUUAAAACAAGGAUUCUGUAGCAUAUUCAAACAAAAACAGCUAAUAUUGUUCUGGUAAGUAAAUUAAUGACAACUACAAAGAAUAUGAAUAUGUUAAGGAUAGCAGCUAGGAUGACUUCAAAACUAUUAAAAGUGGAGGCAAUACUGCUAGUUAGCAUAGUCAUGAUGCACCAAAAAUAAAUUCUAAUGCUUAUCAGAAAGUAUCUUAUAUUGAGAUGUAGCACAAAUGA